UUUUUGUUCAGUAAACAUAAUCCAGCUACUGAGCUAGGCUUGAGAAAGAUUGUUAGCUGCAGCUGAUAGGGAAGUCACUUGAUCUAUUGUCAACAGUUAGUUUCCUCAACGACCCUGCAGAUUAGUGUUUACCUAUUUAACUUAGUAUCCUGAGCAUCAUCACUCAUUCACGCAGUAUAAAAGAUUUAUUUAACCUCCAGUAUGUUACGGCUACGAAUAGCAGCAGCAGCUUCACUAGCACUGAAAAGAGAAUUCUUGCAAAUCACAAAUGCUUCUAUUCAGCCAUCUUGUUCUGCCUCUGGUCGACCAUUCCAAAUCUCAAGCCUUGAUCACCUAGUUUUGACUGUAAAAGACUUGGAUAAAACAGUCGACUUCUACACUCGUGUUUUGGGGAUGGAAGCCACAACAUUCAGGGGUGGUCGCAAAGCGCUUAAUUUUGGAGAACAGAAAAUUAAUUUGCAUGAGUUGGGAAAAGAAUUUGAACCUAAGGCCACUGUCCCAACACCAGGGUCAGCUGAUCUGUGCUUCCUUACUCAAAGCUCUCUAGAUGACGUCAUGGGACACUUAAAGGUAUGUGAUAUAUGUAUUGUUGAAGGUCCAGUAGAGAGAACAGGUGCAGUAGGCAGCAUACGAUCCAUUUACGUAAGGGAUCCUGACGGUAACCUCAUAGAGAUUUCUAAUUAUACAAAUAGAGUUAAUCGCCUUUAAUUGUAUAAAAAAAUGUGUAACUAAUUUUGAGCACUUUAAUUUUGUGAUUAUAUUAAAAAAAUAUUUUGUAAUUGAAAGAGAAUCUUUACAAAUAUAUAACGAUCUUACAAUUCUUUACAUCAAAAUUUAUUUUUCUGGGACUGGUUGUAUUUUUGUAUAUUUUUCUUCACUGAGCAUUCAAAAUCAACAAAGUUUAAUUAAACUUAUUGAUAGAGAGGCUCCGCAAAUAUUUAUACAAUUUUGUACUGUACAUAUUAAUGAUCAAAAAUAUUUCAAAGAAGAAAAACUACAUAAGCAGACAUUUUUGUUUUUCGAAAUAUUACUCUGUACAUGUGUGAAGCUCAAUCUUUAAGGGUAUUUUCUAUAACAGCAUUGAUCUGGAAGGUUUUUUUUACCAGCUUUGUUUCAUACAUUAUCAAUUUUUGAAUUUGGUUAAUUUAUGAUUAAAUUUAUGUUAAAUAAGUGAGAGGUUUUUAUGAUUAAAUUUAUAUUUAUGACAGGUUUUUCUGUAACAGGUUUUAAUUUUUAUAUGUUUUGUUUCAUACAUUACCAAUUUUUGCAUUAUUUAUAUUUAUUAAACUUGUCAAAACUUGCAUUUUUUAAAUUGUUAAUUGUAAUUUUAUAUAUUAAAGUAGAUACAUUUGUUUAUAUUUUUUACCUAUCAUAUUUAGGGCGAUAAGCAGAUAUUGAAUUAACUUAAGAUAUUUUUUUAGACAUGAAUUGUUGAUUUUAGAGGAAGGGAAGUAACUCAAACAAUAAUUUUUUUUAUUAAACUUAUUUACCAA